UGAAACCGGAGCCCGCGCUCCUGCUCAUCCAGCCCGCCCCGCAUCGUUCACUGAUCAGAUCCAACUUCUGCUCAUUCCUUCUCCCGAACGGCUGGGCAAGUCCUGGCUGCGAGCAACACGCAAGAGCGCCCGUGAGCAAAGAAGCGGGGAGCAGGGGGCUGCGUCGCCCGGCGAGGGUCCAGCCAAGGGGGGUUCAUCCCCACGAGGAGACCACCCAAGGAGGAGGAAGGCGAAGGCUGCGGGGAGCGCGCUGAAGCGGGGAGAAGGAGUGCAAACGAGAGAGGAGGGAAGGGGCUCCGCAGCAGCUCGACGGAAGCAGCGGGACAUCGCCGGAGAAGGGCGGGAGAGCAGAGGAGAGCUGCGCAAUGAGCAAACCAAGCUACGAGACGGUCGAAGGCAAGGCGCCCGACCUCCCCGAGCCACCCCGCUACUCAGAAGUAGACAGCCUAAGGCAUCCUGAGCCACUGGCCCCCAUCGGCUACGGGGCAGCUCUCCCUGAGCCCAGCCAGGGCCAGCCUCCAUAUGGUGCACCUGGGACAGGAUUCAAGCAGGGCCCCAGCAUCUUGCCUCCUCAGGCCGUCUUCAUCACACCUGUCCAGCCCACCCAGGAACCCGACUAUCUGGCCUACUCCAUCUUCACCAUGUUCUGCUGCUUCUUCCCACUGGGGAUCACUGCCUUGGUUUUCUCUAUACUGACCCGAGAAGCCAACUUUGCGGGGAACCUGACCGCAGCACAGCGAAACUCCCGGCUGGCACGCAUCAUGGCCCACGCAGCGGUUGGGGUGGGCCUCUGCUUUCUGAUCCUGUACAUCACCUUGGUGAUUUUCUUAACACUCAAAUAGUGGGGGAGAUGCCUGAGGAAUCCGUUGCGGGAUGGAAGUGCAGCAAACCUGCUCAGCUGGGCCACCUGGAUGCUGUCCAGGCCACCUCGGGUGGCUCUGGUGGGAUCACUUGUAAGCGAGGCCUGCCAGUGGGUUCCUACUGCCUUUUGCUUCAGAAUGGAGCUCCGGUCUCAGUGAAUUUGAAAUAUGGCAAGCCACGGGUCGCUCUACGCCCCCGUGCAUUCUUUCAAUUCGAGUCCCCGUCGUGCCACCGGUUGGAUCCUGCUGGCCGCAUUCUUUAGUUGGCUGGCUGGGCUGCUUUCACUGGAUUGCUCUCUUUUCCCCUGUCCUGCAACUGUCAGAUAUAACCCCAUUGUUAGCACAGAAUAUUGUGUGGGCAUUCAAGCCCAACUGUUGUGAUUUGCUGCAUGUGCUGUUGUGAACAAGUACCCAGAGAGCUUUGGCUGCUGGGCAGUAUGGAAAAUGAAGGAAUAAAGAAACAAAAUACACUGUCA